CAAAGGAAAGUGGCAAGCGGUUGCGUUUGUGGUAACUGCAGACGAGGCAACGCCUGCAGCCGCAGACAACAGCAGCAGCAGCAGCGGCAACUGCGGCGGCAACUGCGGCAGUAGCUGCAACAACAACAACAACAACAGCGACAACAAGCGGAGUUCUGUCCAUAUUGCAGUUGAAAUAUGGGCCAAGAGGUAUCGCAACAGCAGCAGCAACACCACAACCACAACCAGAACCAGAACCUGAACCACAACCAGAACCAGAGCCAGAACCACCACCUGAACCAGAACCACUGCCUGAAUCAGAACCAGAACCAGAACCAGAACCAGAACCAGAAGCGUGGACAGCCGCAUCGCAAGAGCUACAAGGAUAGCAUAUACACGCCCGCCAGCCAACUAUCGAGUAGCUGCAGCUCGAACAGCACCGACGACUACGAGGCGAACUAUAGACUGCGCCACAAAUACAAUCUGAGCAAGCAGACAUACGAGCGCACCAAGAUCCUGGCCAACCGCAGCAGCCUGCCAACGGACAGUGAUUCGCAUUACGCCAAGCUGAACGGCAAGUAUUUGCAGCGCAGCAGUUCGCAGAGCAGCGACAGUGGAAUCUACAACUCGUCGUGCCACUGCUCGUCGCUGUCAUCGCUGUCGGCGGUCAGCAGCAGCUCGGCGAGCUCGAGCAGCGGCUGUCCCAGCUCGCUGCUGUCCAGCAAGUCCGGUCGCUCGCUGGACAAGCAGAAGCACUAUCUGAGCCAUCAUUUGUAUAUCAAAUCGUAUUUGGACAUUUUGGAGGAGGACGAACGGGCACGCGCCCAUUUCAAGUCGGCACGCCCCGGCGGCAUACGCAACUAUACGCCAAAAAUUUUGGGGGGCGGCGAUUCAGCUGCCAGCUCUACGCUCUCAGCCAGUGCGCCGGCUGCCAGUUUCGGUUAUCCGGCAGCCAAGCAACGGGCCAGCGUUAGCUCCAAUUGCUCAGCGGCCGCUGUUGUUGGUGGCAGAAACUGUCCGGAAGAUCCGUGGAUUUGA